AUGUCACAAAUAAAUUCAACACCAACAAUAUGUAUACUGGGAUGUGGAACUAUGGGUCAAGCAAUCUUAUCAGGGGUUUUAAAGUCGUUAUCAAAUGACACUACUAUUAUAGCAGCAAGUAGUAGUUCAACUAUUACAACAACUUUUAAUCCAAAUAAAUUCAUUGCUUGUGUGUCAAAUGAAGAAUCAGCUAAAAAAUUAUCGAAAUCACUUAAUAAUGAAAAUGUUUCUGUUUUAUCAGAUAAAAAUGUCAAAGGUGUAAGUGAAGCUGAUGUUAUAAUAAUGUGCACAAAACCUCAAAUUGCAAAAAAAGUUUUAACCGAAAAAGGAAUGUUUGGAGCAUUAGAAAAUAAAUUAUUGAUUAGUAUAUUAGCUGGUGUUCCAAUGAUUCAAUUAAAAGAAUGGGUUCCUACUUCUACUAGAGUCAUACGUGCUAUGCCAAACACUCCUUGCAUGAUUCAAGAAGGUAUGACAGUUCUCAGUUGCCAUUCAGAUAUAAACCCUAAUGACAAAGAUCUUGCUUUGUGGAUAUUUCAGACAUUAGGUAGAGUCAGAUUUCUAGAUGAAAAACAUUUAGAUGCUGUCACUGGACUUUCUGGUAGUGGUCCUGCAUUUGUUUGUGUUGUGCUUGAAGCUCUUGCUGAUGGUGGAGUUAUGAUGGGUCUUCCAAGAGAUGUGGCGGUGGAAUUGGCUGCUCAAGGAGCUGCACGUCUGGUACUUCAAACUCGUAAACAUCCAGCUGCGGUUAAGGAUGAAGUAACUACUCCUGCAGGAUGCACAAUAGCCGGAUUGCUUACAAUGGAAGAUGGUAAAAUUCGCUCAACAAUAGCAAGAGCUGUUCAAGAAGCUACUGUUGUUGCUUCAUCAUUAGGAAAAGCACAAGAAAAAAAAAUCUGA